AUGGCACCGGUAGCCGAGCAUAAUCCAGGCUCAGAUACGGAAGGAGCAGAGAAACCUGUGCGCGAACAGCUCCGGAAAGCCACGAUCGCGGCACAGGGUGGCAUGUCUAGCUCGGGUGACGCUCCAAGUAAUGCAGAGGCCGAGGGAGAGAAUGGCGAGAGAGGAAGAGUGCAGAGGAAGCGCAGCUUUGAGGAGGUAGAAACCGAGCAAGGUGACCAGCCUAGCACCGAUACCGUGAAACAGCACACACGGAAACGGUCACGGGAUAGCACGGCAGAAGAGGCGGCGCUCAAUGAUGGUCGGAAAGUGUCUGGUGAACGGCCACGUGAGAGCAAGGAACCACCUCUAUCUGCUGGUGGCGCAAAUGGCAACGGACUCGCUACCAACAAACGACCAGUCACGCCCGAUGAGGAUGAGGAUGAUGGGACCAACGAGGUCGCUGCAGAGUCUGUUGCAAGUCCGAAGACUAAGAGGAGUCGACUGCACUCAACCACUGCUGAGGACAGCGAAUUGCUGGCGAGUGCAGCCCAGCCUGCCAAUGCCAAGGACGGGAGUAAGGAUGCUAGCGCAGGAUCUGCAAUUGCAUUGACGAAGCUUCCGGCUGGGAGUGCUUUCGCCAACACAUCAACCACAUCACCUUUCGGCGCACUAUCUGGCAGCAAGUCUCCGCAAGCAUUCGAACAGCCUGCAUCGACGAGCGCUUUCACAUCUUCUGCUUUCGGCUCGGCGGCAGGUUCAGUGACGUCAGGUUUCGGCGCAAUUGGGAAGACCACAGGAGGGUUUGGCACUGGCGGUAGUUUCGCCACAGGCAGUAAGAGCUCCUCCGUGGUCCCGGAAGCUGCAAAGGAGAACGAGGCGCUGGUAUCGACAUCGAGCAGCACUUUCGGUGGCGCACUUGGACAAAAGUCUGCUUUCCUGGCCGGUCCAAGCACAUCAGGUGGUUUCGGAUCUGCUUCAUCUGGUUUCGGACAGCCUGGUGGUGGACUAGGCUCUGGGUUCGGGAGCAAGCUUCGAGGUACCAGCGCAUUCGGCAGCAGUGCCGGUGGUCUGACGUCGUUCGCAAGCAGCAAGGCCCCUACACCGCUAGGCGGCACGAUCGGCAGUAGCUCGAAGGCGCUCAAACCCUUCGGAGCACCGGCGGAGGAGGAAGCAGAAGCCGAUAAUGGCGGCGAAGACGAAGAGGGCGGAGUUAAGAGCCCACCGCUUUCUCAGGACGCCGACCAACAAGAUGAACGUUUCCAUGAACAGCACAUCGAAACGGGCGAAGAAGACGAAGAAAUGGAAUUCUCAUGUCGAGCGAAAUUGUACAACUACAGCACAGCGACCAAAGGUGGGAAGAAGGAAUGGCGAGAACGUGGGCUAGGCGUAUUGAGGUUAAACGUCAACAGAGCUGCUGGGACGGAAGGCAAUUCGACUCAGGCGAGAUUUCUGAUGAGAGCGGAUGGGAGUCAUCGUGUUGUGCUGAACACGCCUGUGAAGAAGGAGAUCUCUUUUGGGGCGGCGGCUGGUGGUCCACCGCAAGGCGGGCUGAUGUUAUUUAUGGGGACUGUGGAUGGGAAGACGGGUUUAGAGAUGUUGCAGCUGAAGAUGCGACAACAAUAUGCUCUAGAGCUUCACGAGAAGAUUGUGGAGCUGCAGAAGGAGAUGUAA